AUGGGAUUUUCGAAGAAAUGUGUGUCUCUGUGCUCUUUGCUCCUGUUAAUGCUCUUCAUUGGCGUUGUAGCCAGAGUUCAGAAAGAUGAAGCCUCGAAAAUUAGUGCUGUCGAAAAAGAGCAGUUGCAGAGCUCAGAGAACGCAACAAUGGCGGCAAGGUUAGGAGAAAUUGAAGAGGACGCUUUGAAUGAACAUGCAGUGGAUAACCCAGAAGAAGUUGCAGCAUCAGUUGAAAUGAUCACUAAAAACAGCACCGAGAGGCGAAAACUCGGAUUUUUCUCAUGUGCAACAGGCAAUCCUAUCGAUGAUUGUUGGCGUUGUGAUCCCAAUUGGCAACAGAAUCGCAAGCGCCUUGCUGACUGUGGUAUCGGUUUUGGGCGUAAUGCCAUUGGGGGUCGGGAUGGCAACUUCUAUGUAGUCACCGAUCCCAGUGAUAACGAUGUUGUUAACCCGAGGCCUGGCACUCUACGCCACGCUGUUAUCCAAGAUGAGCCUCUCUGGAUCGUGUUCAAGCGCGACAUGGUUAUAACACUGAAGCAAGAACUUAUCAUGAACAGCUUUAAGACUAUUGAUGGGCGUGGAGUCAAUGUGCACAUUGCUAAUGGAGCGUGUAUUACGAUUCAGUUUAUUACUAAUGUGAUUAUUCAUGGUCUGCACAUCCAUGAUUGUAAACCAACUGGAAAUGCUAUGGUAAGGAGUUCACCAUCACAUUAUGGCUGGAGGACUAAGGCUGAUGGUGAUGCUGUUUCCAUCUUCGGGUCAAGCCAUAUUUGGGUGGAUCAUAACUCGCUCUCUAACUGUGCUGACGGUCUUGUUGAUGCUGUCAUGGGCUCGACUGCCAUUACCAUCUCCAACAAUUUUUUUACCCACCACAACGAGGUUAUACUCUUGGGUCACAGCGAUUCUUAUGUGAGAGACAAGCAAAUGCAAGUAACCAUUGCCUACAACCAUUUUGGAGAGGGUCUCAUUCAAAGAAUGCCAAGGUGCAGACACGGAUAUUUCCAUGUGGUGAACAACGACUACACUCAUUGGGAGAUGUACGCCAUUGGUGGCAGUGCAGAGCCAACCAUCAACAGCCAAGGCAACAGAUAUCUUGCCCCAGUCAACCCUUUUGCAAAAGAGGUGACUAAGAGAGUUGAAACUGCUGAAAGUCAAUGGAAGGGUUGGAACUGGAGAUCUGAAGGUGACCUGAUGCUUAAUGGGGCAUAUUUCAUCCCAUCCGGAGCUGGAGCUUCAGCAAGCUAUGCCAGAGCUUCAAGCUUAGGUGCCAAGUCUUCAUCAAUGAUUAGCUCCAUUACUUCCGGCGCUGGUGCCCUUACUUGCCGCAGUGGUCGCCAGUGCUAA